CUACGUAAUUAUCUACAUUAGUAUGAAUGUACUUACUUAGGUACCUCUCUGUGCCUUACUUAACCACACUUUCCAAUUGGACCCGGCUUGUCGGUUGAUUCUUGCAACCUUUUGCGAGAAACGAGUCUCCGAGAAGAAUCGACAUCUAACCCGCCCGCAAUUCCACCUGCUACCUGUCUCCUCACCUCUGCCAUGUUGUCCCGACAGGCCCUCCGAUCUCUGCGAGCCGUAGCUCCUCAGAGGACAUUUGCCCAGUCCUCUGUGCGCUCCUACGCCGCUGCCGCUGCCACUCAAGAUGUCAAGCCCCCCGUCGCCGUCUACGGUCUCGAUGGCACCUAUGCCACCGCUCUGUACACGGCCGCCGUUAAGACCUCGUCCCUAGACCCAACAGCAAGGGCCUUGAACGCCCUCAGCGACCUAUACACCAAGGAUGCUAAGCUUGCUACUGUCCUAGCCACACCGACGCUGAGCGAAGGCGACAAGAGCGCCAUCGUCGCCGAGCUCCAGAAGAGCAUCGGUGGUGCCGCCAACGACACUGUCAAGAACUUCCUCGCCGCCCUUGCCGAGAACAACCGUCUUGCUCUAUUGAAAGAUGUCUGUGAUAAGUUCGGCGAGCUGAUCAGCGCUUCCCGCGGCGAGGUCGAGAUGGUUGUCACAUCCACUCAGCCUUUGGACAACCGGACUCUUAGCCGUCUCGAGACUGCCGUCACCAAAUCCCAGUACGUCGGCCAAGGCAAGAAGUUGAAGGUCACAAAUGAAGUCAACCCCGAUAUCCUUGGUGGCCUCGUCGUUGAGAUCGGUGACCGCACAAUCGACCUGUCCGUGUCAUCCAAGAUCGCCAAGAUGAACAAGCUCCUCACCGACACUUUGUAAUAAUACCACCUAUCCAUCAUUUCCUCUUAGGUUUCGAGUCAGGCGAGGCAAGGGGGUAGAAGCUGCGGAAUACGUUGCGAACGGAAAUUCAUUCCCAAAUUCGGCAACUCCUCCUUUGCGCGAGGAGGAAGAACCGUUGUGUGUAUAGGAGCGUUUAAAUAGAGGUUGCAUUCGUCUCCAAAUCUAGCAGCAUCGUUUCCUUUGUGAAAUACAAUUACUGUACACUGAA